UACACUCGUGACUGCCCGCGCACACGUCGCAGCAGCAGCACCCUGCUGACGCUUUCUGCCGACGCUUUCUGCCUGACCGCUGCUGCCCUUCUGACGUUACGAGCUGCUCGUCAUCUUGGGCGGCGGCCCAAAAGCCUCGUCUUCAUAUCCGCGAUUGUGAUUGCAUGCACUGCUACCUCGGCCACCCACAAACGCUCACCCUUUCCCCUGGCGAUACCCGCCUUCGCCAUCGCUACUUCUUCCUUCCCAGCCCAGCCCAGCCCAAUCGCCCUUGCGGUCAACGCUCGAUCGCUCUUCUUGGUGUCCGACCACAUCACCCUUCCUACCUCGUCUACGUAGCACAAACGUAUCACGCCUGACGCGGCCGAACACUUCGACCAUGUCGGCACCAAUCUCGUCCACCUCCUCCACCAACAAGUCCGGCGCUGCGACCCGUAGCUCGCCCCUUGGCAAGUUCAUCGAGAGCGCGCCAAAGAUCGAUCCGGCCGUCGCGCUGGCUGUUCGCAAAGCGGGACCACCUCGAGUCAAGUACUUUGUCCCCAUUCUGCGCAUGAUCCUGUUCCACCUCUGGUUCUUGCCCUCCAGCGCCAUCCUUAUCCCGCUCCUCAUCGCCAAGAAUGCCCUGCCUUGGCUCCGAACCCACCGAGGAUGGUCUUUUCGCCUAGCGCUCGGUAUCGAAGCCACGCGAUGGGCUAUGCGCAACUUCAUCUUCUUCAGACUCCAGCCCAUCGCACCUAGGCAGGGAGGUCUGCGAGAACGUCCUGGACUGCUCGGUGCGCUGCUGCAGUCCCUCAACGCUAGCGGUCCGGGUGGAAGGGUUGUGCUGCCCAAGCAGCUCGCCAAGACAUCCUUGCAAGCGGCAAAGAAACAAAACAGAAGGCGAGACAGAAUUUGGUUCGACGCUCCUCAACUCGAAUACUUUCGAGGUAUCCUCGCCAUUCAGCCUGGCAAGGAGGGUACAGGUGCAGUAAGGACAGCAGGCUACAGAGGUCCAGCCUUGGUGGAGCCCAAGUGGGCCAAAGCCAAAACUCGCGGUUUUUGGUUCAUGAGAAAAGACGGAGAAGCUCCACCUGAGGUGGAUGAGAAGAAAUCCGAUAGACCAGUCAUCCUCUACUUCCAUGGUGGUGCUGGUGUGACCUUUGGUGCAGGCGACAUCUUCAUGGGAAUGACGCUCGCUCAGAACUUGGCCAGAACGUCUGGCAUCGACGUCUUCUCCGUCGACUACAACCUCGCGCCAUUCGCACCUUGCCCUGUGCCUCUCAGCCAAGCUGUUGGAGCUUGGAUUCACCUCCAGUCCCUCGGCUACUCGCCCAGCCAAAUCUUUGUCGGUGGCGAUUCGUAUGGUGGCUGGCUCACUCUUCAGCUGGAGCGCUACUUGCGCUUCGAAAUGCCUGCACUGCACGGAGAGGACCACGACCAAAAGCCUCUUGGACUAAUCUUGCUUUCGCCUCAAUUGGCUACGGUCAACGAGCCAUUCGCCGCUCGCGAGAGACACCUCAAGUACGACAUUAUCGUCAGAGCCUACCCGGAGUGGGGCAUCGACGCGCAGCGCAUCGGUCCCAAGCACGCCAAACGCGCAGGCCCUUUGGCCGACCUCACCAACACUUGGGUCAGCCCGUACACCAGGUCAAAGGAGGAGUUCGCAGAAUUGCCUCCCAUCUUUGUUGCCAAUGGGGCACUGGAGUGCCUGGUCGACGAAGGCAUCCAGUUCGUCGCAGCAGCGCGCAACGCGGGUGUGCGCAACGUCGAACACGAUAUUGCCGCCCACGAACCUCACGACUACUUCACCAUGGCUACGAGUCUUCCGGUGGCCAUUCGCACCUACAAGAGACUUGGCAAAUGGGCUCACAGGAUCAUCGAUGAGCGCGGCUACGAAGUCGCUUGACCGCUCUCGUGUAAAAUGCCAGAGUCCUCUACUCCUUCUUUGCUUCCCUUUGCUCCUCACUGCCGCGCUCCUCCAUCGACGCCACCCACCUCGGUUCCGAACCAUUUGGCACCGUUGUGUAAGCUUUACGACGAGACGCGCACCAAAGUACUCGCUGCUCGCGCGCCUUGCACCCGCCGACCAGAAUCAAAAAGAGAUUCACUUCAGAUGGUGACUCAAUGUAUGAUUUCAAAUGACUUGUGUCCCAUCCACAGGCGGCGCUUGAGGUUCGGCCGAAUUCAUGCGGGGCAACUCCCCGGUCCACCAC